GAUGACGAUGGCGCUAAACUGAAACGCCGGUUAGUCAGCGUAUCCGUAUUCAACGCUGGCCGUCUCCCUUGCCGCUUUCCGUAUUCCCGCCUCCACGUAUUUCUUUUAAUCGUCUUUUCGCCAAUCACAAUUGUAUUUACCAAAGUCCGCGAUGCCUCCGCGGAAAGUUAUACGGAGAUCCCAUCGGAAAUCUCGACUCGGCUGUCAGGAGUGCAAAAGACGCCACAUCAAGUGUGAUGAAGCACAGCCCACCUGCCAGAAUUGCGCGCGUGAUGAUCGAACAUGCACGUACCAAAGGCCGACAGAGCUGUCUCAACGCGCGGUUACCAGCCAAUCGCCACAUGCAAUCCCCGAGACCACAUCAGGAUCUUACUUCGGGACUCCAACCUCGCAUGGCGUGCCGAGUACGGUGGAGCACAGCAAUACGGUGUCACCAGCCGUAACGUCUUCCGUGGACCUGUCUUUCCUCUCUCCGGCGGCGUCGUCACCACAUGGCUCAGAUCUCUCGUUCAAUCUGCGACACAUGCAGUUGUUCAGUCAUUUCAUUUACGAGACGUAUCCAAGCGUCCAAGAAACGGGGUCGCUGGACAACGGGCAACUACGUGCCCUGAUGCCGAUGAUACUCUCACAGCCUUACACCGUUUACCAACUUCUGGCCCUGUCCUCUAUGCACAUGAGCUACAAACACGUGGAAGAAGCGGACCGGCAUCUUGAAGAGGCUAGAGCUCUCCAGACCCAGGCUUUGUGUGCCUUCAACGAUGCACACAUUGAAGUCACUCAAGACAACUGCAUUUCCAUGAUGUCGUUCUCCACCCUCGUCAGCAUGCACGCUCUUGCCGAGGUCGCUGGACAUGCGGAUGCGGAAGCCGGCGGAGUUCUGGACGGAUUCAUCACAUACAUGAACUUGCAUCGAGGUGUUCGAGCCAUCAUUUCGCAAUCCUGGAACUUCCUACACAAGACCAGCCUCGCCUCUAUCCUAAGACAAGCCGAGGAUGCGAUCGAUCGUGGGUCGUUGUUGAACGGGCAAACAGCGGUGGCGGUAGCCGACCGCUUGUCCAACUUACUGGACUACGCUGACAUGAGCGACGAAUCUCGACAGCUUUGUCGUGUGGCUGCGACUGAGCUGGGUGUUAUUUACCGGACAGAACCAGACUAUGCAGAGCCGUGGACCCAGUCGCCUGGACCCGGCGGCUUGAUUUGGAUUUGGCCUGUGAACCUGUCCAACGAAUUCACGGCACUUUUAUCAAUGCGAAAGCCGGAAGCGCUCAUCAUCCUGGCCCACUACGCGGUUCUUUUGCAUCGAAGACGCGGGGUCUGGCUGGUCGGCAAUAUCGGCAGGAUACUAGUCGAGGAGAUUUCGAGAUUCUUGGGCAGCUUCUGGAAAAGUUGGCUUGAUUGGCCGAAUGAGGUACUUGCGCAACCCUAGCGCGAUACCUAGCCAACCAGCGAAUACGUCGUAUACCAUGACUCGUAUUCGUCCCCCUCCACGCAUCGACCACGAAGCG